AUGAUGGAUGGAGGUGUAGUACACCCUCACCCUGGGGUUGUCCACGGAGGUAUGCCAGGUGUGGUACAUGGUAUGCCAGUCCAUGGUGCCGGUCCAGAUGGAGAGCAUGCACCACACGGGCCGAGGAGAAGAUACCAGAAUAGACCUAAGCCUCCAAACAAUUUAGAAAGACUGCCUUUGGAUGAAGCUGCUAAGAGAGAAAUGGAGUCCCUACCUAUGAAGACACCUGUGUCUGUAUUGCAAGAGCUACUGGCUCGCCGUGGAACAGUGCCCAAGUAUGAGCUGGUGCAAAUUGAGGGAAUGAUUCAUGAACCAACAUUCAGAUAUCGAGUAACAGUUGCUGAUUUAGUUGCCAUGGGUACUGGAAGAUCCAAGAAAGAAGCCAAACAUUCUGCAGCAAAGGCCCUCCUCGACAAACUAACUGGAGCAGCUCCGGCUGAUCAAAACACUAAUGGAAAUGUUCCGGAGACUGGUGCUGUUGUGUCAUCGUUUGAGGACAAAUUGAUGGGAAACCCUGUAGGAUGGCUGCAAGAGUUGUGCAUGUCUCGCUUCUGGCCACCGCCAUCUUAUCAUGCUGAAAAUGACGACAAUGUCAAUAGACGUCUUCCUCACGAGCGUCAAUUCACCAUAAUUUGCACUCUGCUUAAACGUCGCGAGGUGGGUACAGGCAAAUCAAAGAAACUUGCUAAACGACAAGCAGCUUACAAGAUGUGGCAGGCGCUUCAGGACAACCCUCCCGAAUCAUUCCAACAAGAAGAAGAGGGCAGCGUCGCGUCCCGCUAUGCCGACUUGAAAGAUAGUAAAAUCUCCACAUUAACCACAAGUCACAGCCACAAGGUGUCGCAGUUUCACAAACACCUCAAACAGUCUGUCGGGCCUAACCUGGCCAAGUUGCAGGUGACUCCACUGAACAACAAGGACUUCAACUUUGUGAAGUUUCUGCAAGAGAUUGCUUCGGAGCAGUCAUUCGAAGUGACGUACGUCGAUAUAGAGGAGAAGUCGAUGUCCGGCCGCUGCCAAUGCCUCGUUCAGCUGUCGACUCUACCGGUGGCUGUCUGCUAUGGCGCCGGGCUGACAAGUAAGGACGCGCAGUCCUCGGCAGCCCAAAACGCUCUUGAAUACCUCAAGAUUAUGACCAAAAAGUGA